AUGGAGCCUUUCAACGAACAUGAGAAGCGACAACUUCUCACCGAGAUAAUCAAGCACAGCCAAAUCGACAACCACCAACUGUACAGAUUCAUUGGGGGCUCUAGUGUUGCACCCAACUGGUUUCACCUGGCCCUGCCAAAUGGUCGAACCCUAGCCCAGUGUCAGAUGACUCUCGCGACAAUGGGAAAAGAAGUGUCUGCGCAAGGGAUCAAGCGAAAAGCUCCCGGCGAUGGACCAAGCAAUGAAGCUGGUAACGGCGUUCAGACGCCCGGUUCUCAGGAACCAGAGGUGCAAGCUCAACCUGCUACAGUACAAAGUUCUCAUAUGAGCGUACAACAUCAGUCAGCCAUGCCUAUGAACCAACAACAGUACCAGUAUCAGUCUGGGCCUCCACCUAAGAAGAAGGGCCGCCCAGCCUAUUCAGGUAGAAACGCAAUGGGCCAGCGACCUUUCAACCCUCGGCUCCUUGCCCCCAUGCCUGGUCAACAAGUCGUACAGAAUGCACAGUCGUCUUUCCGGCCUAUUGCUCCGGCUCCUCAGCUGCAUUCUGGCACGGCCGCGGUUGUUGGGCCAGUUGUUACCAGUGGCAUGGAUCAGGGGCUUAUGUGUGCACCGGCUACACAACAGCAGGGCAGAAUGAGAGUUCCCACCGUCCAGAUGCGAAUGGCCAUGGAAGAGAUGGCUCGUCAGAGAGGUGACCAACAAGCCCUUCUAGCACUAAGCCGACUUCCUGGACCAGCACCCAACCGCUCUAGAUCAAACAGCGAAGUAGUCCCUGACACUUCGGAGCAGGAAGAUACCGAGAAAGAUCGAUCACGCUCUGUUGAGCUGAUUGAGACAAAGGACGAAAACAGCGCCGCUGAGGAUGAUACAUCAGAACAAGCGGAGGGACAGAAGAAUGGCACCCCCGAGCAGAGCAAGGGUCUACGCCGCAGUCAACGCAAAGCUUGA